AUGGUAAACUUCGCCGGGGCGCCGGAUGACUCCGCGGGUUUUUGCCGGCGGGAGAAAAACCCCGGCCUGCCGAUUGAUCAUUCUGGUAAGAUCGGGGGCCAUGGGGGGGUGCCCCCCACCCCCGAUCACGUGCGUACGGGCGCGUCGCAGCGCCGCGGUCCGUGCCCCUCGCCUGGGCGCGCUGGUGAGUUCCCCAUCUUGGGACUCAAUCGCGUUGUGCAUUCGUGUUUGCCUUUUUUUUUUUUUUUUAAGUUCCCAGUUGGCCGUAUUCAUCGACAUCUGAAAUCUAGGACAACCAGCCACGGACGUGUGGGAGCGACCGCCGCUGUGUACAGCGCAGCCAUCCUGGAGUACCUCACCGCUGAGGUACUUGAGUUGGCAGGAAAUGCAUCAAAAGAUUUAAAGGUAAAGCGCAUUACCCCCCGUCACUUGCAACUUGCUAUUCGUGGAGAUGAAGAAUUGGACUCGCUCAUCAAGGCUACCAUUGCUGGUGGUGGUGUCAUCCCCCACAUCCACAAGUCUCUUAUUGGGAAGAAAGGACAACAGAAGACUGUCUAAAGGAUGCCUGGAUUCCUUGUUAUCUCAGGACUCUAAAUACUCUUAACAGCUGUCCAGUGUUGGUGAUUCCAGUGGACUGUAUCUCUGUGAAAAAACACAAUUUUGCCUUUUUGUAAUUCUAUUUGAGCAGGUUGAAAGUUUAAUUAGCUUUCCAACCAACCAAAUUUCUGCAUUCGAGUCUUAACCAUAUUUAAGUGUUACUGUGGCUUCAAAGAAGCUAUUGAUUCUGAAGUAGUGGGUUUUGAUUGAGUUAACUGUUUUUAAAAAACUGUUUGGAUUUUAAUUGUGAUGCAGAAGUUAUAGUAACAACAUUUGGUUUUGUACAGACAUUAUUUCCACUCCAGUGGAUAAGCUCAAUAAAGGUCAUAUCCCAAAGUA